UAUUUGGCGAGGUAGCGGCGUGACUCGGACGGGAAUUGGACGGCAGCGGCCGUCAUUCAUAAAACUCUGCCUUCCAGGACUUUACAAACAAAUCGUGGGCUCUUGGGAAAUGUAGUUCACAGGAGCAAUAACGUGGAGCUAAAUCGUAGGUUUAUGCGCGCCUACUGGAAAUGUAAAGCACUGCCUGUGUAGCGUCUCGUGGCUGUUUUUCACUGAUGAACUGAGGAGUACAGUCGGGUGUCGCGAUCUGAUUUACAGUAACCCGGUUCUGUUGUAAACAUUACUACCGUGUUUUUUCGGCAUACAUUUCCCACCACCAUUACUGGGAAGCCAUUGGCCGCUCUGCGGUGUCAAUCAGAGGGCGCUCCUGACACUCGGCUCCUCUACAGUAAAUAUUUGUGUUUGCUCAGCCGGCUGUAAUGGUGGACGGCUGAAAGAGAAAAGAGGAGAAAUACAAUCUCUAAAAGAAUUGCAUCCCAGGCGAACACAGCGCUGCCCGCGGCUCGGACCUGAACUCCGGCGAACAUGGAUGAACUUAAACAUCAAGUGAUGAUAAACCAGUUCGUACUGACAGCUGGAUGUGCGGCGGAUCAGGCGAAGCAGCUUUUGCAAGCGGCACAUUGGCAGUUUGAGACAGCCCUCAGUGCCUUCUUUCAAGAGGCUAAUAUUCCUUACGGUCACCAUCAUCAAAUGAUGUGUACUCCAGCCAACACGCCUGCGACUCCUCCCAACUUCCCCGACGCCCUCACCAUGUUCUCCCGUCUCAAGGCCUCGGAAAGCUUCAACAGCAGCAGCCCUAGCAUGGCCUCCAUGGCCACUUCACCUCCUCCACCUCCGGUCAGCUGGGGAAUGACCCCGCCCAUGGCCAGCCAACAGGGACUAUGGACUCAGGGGCCUCCGGCCACACAAACCCACCCUCCCCCGGGCUGGCCAUCCACUGUCAACCAGCAAGCAGCCGCCGAACAGAAAGCCAGCGUGGCCAUGGAGGCCGAAAGAUGAGGAGCUGGACUGUGCGGCCCCUAAGCCCCAGGGGUGGUUGGGGUGUGGAGGGGGUUGGGUAGAAAUGCAAGGGUUCGGGGUAAGGUUAAGGAAGG